GAAGCGUUGCCAUGCUACUGUAGCUAACACGCACGAGCAUGGAGAAGGACGGACCUUUGGGCGGAAAGUUUCACUUUAAGAAGUUGCCUAACGGCGUGUUGGACAAAACGAGAGUAACGUGCACAAUUUGCAAGGCUGAAUUCAGCUACCACAGAAGCAAUUCGUCUCUGGGGUAUCACCUGAGAGCGAAGCACCCGGAUGAAUCACAGGAUUAUGGUGGUCGUGGGCUAAAAACAGAAGAGGUGAGUGAAAAGUUAACCAACGCCUUGGUUGUUUGGAUAGCGAAAAGCUGCCGACCCGUUAGCAUGGUCGAAGAUGACGGACUGAAAGAAGUCCUUCGCACUGCAUCGGGAGAUAUGUGCUACGACCUGCCCUCCACAGAAACCAUUGUGUCGAGACUGCACGCUGUGUAUGAGGACCAGAGGGCUCAGCGGCACACCAAGCUUCUGGGAGCAAUGCACGUCUCCCUCACCGGAGACCGCUGGACGUCGGUGGACGACGAUAACUACUGCGCCGUCACAGCGCACUUUAUUGAUAACGACUGGACUCUACAGUCGUUUGCGCUAGCAGUGAGUAAAACUGAAGAGACACACUAUGCUGACCAUUUUCUCAGUGUUGCAAACGAAUGGAAAAUAGGGGACAAGCUAACCACGCUUGGCACCGACAGUGCUUGGCUGUAUGGUAACAUGGUUGAUGUGGCCAGCCUACUUCCAUUUGAACACAUGCCCUGCACGGCCCACAUUCUGCAGAGUGCGAUCACAGUUUCUCUGAAUGACAGCGGCUUUGAAACAGUUCUGGCCAAAUGUCGCGAGAUUGUUGGACAUUUUGAGGAUAGUCCAGCGAACGCUCAGGAAUUAAAUGCACAGCAAGCUGCACAUGGACAUAACACGGAAGCACUUGUUCAGGAUGCUCAGACAAGAUGGAACUCCACCCUAGAGAUGAUCAAGGUGAUCCAGAGAAACAAAUCUGUGCUCACCUCCAUCCUGACUCAGCAAAACAGCACAGUGACCAUGCUGACUGACCAGGAGCUUGACAGACUGCAGAAGCUGGAGGAACUACUCGAACCUUGCAGAUAUGUGACCGAGCUGCUGGGGGGAGAGCGCUAUGUCUCCUGCUCCAUGGUGCUGCCAGCCUUGCGUCAUUUGUUCUGGGUCAUGGAGCCCUUGGAUGAUGACCCAGUCUACGUUGUGAAGUUUAAGAUGGUUUUUACCACAGACUUAGCUCAGCGGAGGGCCAGCAGCAAUCUCACAUGGCUGAAGAUCGCUACUGCCCUGGAUCCGAGGUUUAAAGACCUUAAGUGUCUUCCCAAAGAGGAAAGAAGAGAGGUGUGGACUCUGGUACAUGACCUUCUGAUGGCAGAGGCACAAGCACAACAACCAUCUGUUCAGAUAAAAGAGGAACCAUCACCAAAGAAGAGCAAGAUGUCCAUCUUCCUCCUGGGUUCUUCAGAUUCAGAUACAGAGGAGGAGGAAGACUCUAUCGGCCGCUGUCUGGAUCGGUACAAAGCAGAGCCCAAAGCGGGCGCAGGGGAGUGUCCACUACAGUGGUGGUUAAAGAGAGAAGGGGCGCACGCCAGGCUGGCAUCUAUUGCACGCAAGUACCUGUCAACCCCUGCAACCACAGUGCCUUGUGAGAGAUUAUUCUCACUCUCAGGUGACGUCACUCAAAAGAAGCGUGCGUCUUUGUCCUCAGAAGAUGUAAACAGAAUAGUCUGCCUCAGUAACUGGCUGAGUGCACACAAGGACUGAGCCGAGUCGCUGCUUUGGAGGGAAAAACGUUCAACACUCUGAGGUUUUGUCCUUUUUUGAAAUUCAGCUGGCAUUAAGAUGUUACACAUUUUGUUUUUUACAUUUCUAUUAUAGUUGGAUUAUUGUUCAGCCUGGGUUCAGUAUUAUUUCCUAUCAGCAGAUACUAGAAAGAUGUCACACAAACACUAUUAAACUUCUCUUUGAAUUUAA